AUGGCAGAAAGCACUGAGUUAUGGCGAGAAUGCGUACGGUGGAUGAAUGAAUGCGGAAUCCUGGAUGCCAAACAUCGGGUAGCAGAAGCAGGUGCUGAAAUCGGUGAAUUCGCAACUAUUCUACGAGAUGGUGUAUUGCUUUGCUUACUUUGUAAUCGGUUGUGCGAAAAUUGUAUUGACAUCAAAGAUUUACAGCAGCGACCACAAAUGGCUCAGUUUCUGUGCUGCAAAAACAUAUGUGAAUUUCUGAAAGCAUGUAAAAAUACGUUUGAAAUGAGGCCAGAAGAUUUAUUUGAUCCGUGGGAUCUUUAUCGUCUCGACGAUUUCGGCAAAGUGCUCAGAACGCUUUCCAAAUUAUCCACGUCUCCUGUAGCGAAGCUUAGCGGUAUUAGGGGAUUUCCAUUACGUAUAUCUCCGUUAAAUUCUGUGGAAUAUUAUAACGACAAAGUUAUUUACAAAAAUCUUCGCCAAGGAGCAGAAGUAAAUGAACCUGUGCUCGAAAAUGCUUAUGAUAUGGGUAUCGCAGAGGAGGAGAAGACCAGCGGCCGAAUUUACGAUUCUAUUGUGUGUCAACGGUCCAAUAGUCAACGGGAACUGAAAGCUAUCGAAUAUGAUAAAUGGAUAAAUUUCAAGCCAGAUUCUCGACGUGAGCAUUGCGUCAAGGAAUUAUAUGAUACUGAAUCAAACUAUGUCGAGAAAGCUCUAGAUAUGAUCAUAAAUAAUUUUUAUACGCCACUGGAGGAAGUGCUAUCGAAGGAUGAUCAUAAAAUGAUCUUUAUGAAUAUUUUAGAACUGGCAUGCAUUCAUCGUUCAUUUCGUGAUCAUUUACGGCAAGCUGUAUUCUAUACUGUAGGAUUGGAAGAUCCCGUAAAUGAUGAAAAACCAGUGACAAUUGGGGACGUCUUCAUUACAUGGAAAGAGAAAUUUGUGGCAUAUGGAGAAUACUGUUCGAAAUUACCAAAUUCACGUUCACGUAUUUGUUAUUUGGAAAAAACAAAUCCGAUCGCACGACAAAAAAUUAUUGAUUGUGGUAUAGCUGCUAAUCGUAACCAGUUUCAUUUGCAGGAUCUUCUCAGUAUACCCAUGCAGAGAGUUUUGAAGUACCAUGUUUUGUUAUCGGAGAUGAUAAAGCUUACCCCAGUAGACGCACUGGACCGCUUGCCUUUGGAAGAAGCGAAAGAGGCAAUGCAGGAUAUCAAUUCCUAUGUUAAUGAAAUGAAACGUGAUUAUGAGAUGCAACAAUUGGUUAUGGAUAUCGAAACAAGUAUAACAGAUCUGGAGCUGGUAGUUUAUUUCUGCUAG